GUUCGUUAUUGCAAAUGGAGUUCAUUCGCUGUGUGCAGCAGAAAGACACCACAUUCUGAAAAGAUCAUACUAUGUACUCACAAAAUAUGGAGAAAAAAGUCCUGGCAGUAGGAGAUUUAUUCCACAGAAUCGAAGAUGAACAAGUACUUCAUAGUUCAUAAGAUCGUUGACGACGAGAGACAGGUUCUGCUUCUACGACUGCAGAUACUGAAGCACGACUAAAAUUUGAAGGAUUCAUCAGCGUUACUGGUGGUUUAUGAAGAUGAAUACGUGGGUGCUGGUGGCAGCCCUUCUCUGCGCCGCGCCCCAGGAUCCAGCUGGUGCGGCAAACGUGCUGGGCCUGUUUCCGUACCCGGCCGUCAGCCACUUCGUGGUGUACGAGCCCCUCAUGAAGGCCCUGGCUGCUCGAGGGCACCGAGUGACCGUCUACAGCCACUUCCCGCAGCGCCAGCCGUCGCCCAACUACACGGACGUUAGCUUGGUGGGCUCCAUGCCCCUAGUGGUAGAGAACGUCCCUUUCUUCCCAGGGAUCGGAACCAACAACAUUUUCACAGACGUGUACGGUAUCGAGGCGACAGCUCUGAACACGUGCGAGGCUACACUUGAGUCUCGCGCUAUGCAGCAACUUAUGAAAUCCAACGAGUCGUUCGAUCUCGUCUUUACUGAAAUGUUCCACUCCGAUUGUAUGCUGCCUUUUGUGCACAAGUUCCAGGCGCCCCACAUAGCCAUGUUCUCGUCCGUCCACAUGACGUGGACCGAUUACCGGUUCGGCAAUCCGACUAACCCUUCCUACAUCCCUACCCAGUUCUCUCCAGGAAACUAUAGGAUGAACUUCCUCCAGCGCCUGAAGAACACAUUCUUCUCCGUGUACCUAAACUGGUACUACGACUGGUAUGUGGAGCCUGCCAUCAACGCUAUGGCAGCGAAAUACUUCGGCGAGUCGCUACCACCAAUGCACGAGAUUGCGAAGAACACCAGCCUCUUGCUGCUGAACACGAGUCCCGUGCUGAACCUUCCUCGGGCCAUGGUGCCCGCGAUAGUGGAGGUGGCUGGAAUCCACUUGCCGCAACUUAAGAAGCUUCCACAGGACAUACAGACGUUCAUGGACGAGGCCGAGCAUGGGGUGAUCCUCUUCACGUUUGGCUCAACAAUCCGGCCAGAAGCCGUGCCGGAGGAGAUGACGGCGGCAAUGGCGGCGGCCUUCGCCGAGCUGCCGCAGCGCGUGCUUUGGAAGGGGAACGCGGAUGGCGUCCACAACCUUAGCCCCAACAUCAUGAUGCGCAGGUGGCUGCCACAGACCGACGUCCUUCGUCACCCCGGGAUUCGAGUCUUCAUGACGCAUGGCGGCCAGCUAGGAGUCAUAGAGGCGGUGUACAACGCCGUUCCCAUGGUAACGAUUCCGCUCUUCGCCGACCAGCACAGGAACAGCAUAGCCUUGGUCGAGAAGGGCGUCGCGGUGCUGUUACCCCUCACCGAAACCACAAAGGAACGCAUCUUGUCCGCGUUGCGACAAGUGCUGAACGACCCUGGGUACAAGGAGCGCGCCGUGGAGCUGUCGCGCGCCCUCAGAGACUGGCGGACGCCGCCCCUGGAGACGGCCGUCUUCUGGUCGGAGUACGUGCUGCGCCACGGCGGCGCCCCCCACCUGCGCUCGGCCGCGGUGGAUGCUCCGCUCCCCCAGUACCUGCUGCUCGAUGUGCUGGCUGCAUUCGCGGUAGCAGUCGCCUCCAUCCUGCUGUGCUGCCGCCUCCUCACCAGGAGAGUUACUACACUGUGCAGGGGCUCUCCCGACAAGCUGAAGGCGCACUAGCUCCACCACACAUACCAGUGCUCGUGUGAACCGCAAGGCGAUUUUGUUGACGAGAGUGUGUCGCUUCCUGGACAUUUCUGUCGGCAGUCAUUCAUCCUUUUUUCUCACUCACUUUGGACGACGGUUCAAUCCCGUCUCCGGCCAUCCUGAUUUAGGUUUUCCGUGAUUUCCCUAAAUCGCUUCAGGCAAAUGCCGGGAUGGUUCCUUUGAAAGGGCACGGCCGAUUUCCUUCCCCAUCCUUUCCUCACCCGAGCUUGCGCUCCGUCUCUAAUGACCUCGUUGUCGACGGGACGUUAAACACUAAUCUCCUCCUCCUCCUCCUCACUUUGGAUAUACCGCAGGAAAACGUUGACAUAAGUCCCUCUUUUAUAAAUGUACGAUUUUUACCAUUUGUAGUCGUCUUAGAACUGCGUUUCUCUUCCUUCCAUCACUAGAAUUCUUUAUGUCACUCUCGUAGUCAAUCAUUAUCCUCUUAAGGGAUUAAUUUCAUAACUCAGCCGAAAUUUUGCUGAAUUCUACGCAGAUUCAGAUAUUUUCCCGACGAUGUGUGAUUUUAAGGCUUCUGAAAUGCCGUCUUGUCUAUCUAGUCAGGCUGUCGCUGUUUUAAACUAAAAAUGAAGUCACAAACUAUUAUGUUAACCUAUUGUUCAAUGAGUUCAGGCGUUCGUAAAGUUUUAGCCUUGUGUUUUUUAAUCUGUUUCUGUGUUUCUGUGCAAAUCUUUGUUCUUUCUCUUGUUCCAGGUGUUUUCGUUAUUCUUCUUCGGCCUCUUAAUUUUCCUUUCAUUUUUUUCUUUUCACAUUUUCAACUUAAGGUACUCUCAUCCACACAAUAUCUCUGACUUAAUUACUGCUUCAAUACAUUCAGCUACGCCAGAAACGAUACUAGUAACCCUUUUAUGUCAGUUUGUACAGUACUUUCUUAACCUUUCGCUACUGAUUAUGCCCUCUAGUCCGAUGAACUGGAUCCGCUCAUCUAUGAAUUUAAAUUUGUCAAUUCUCUCUUUCUUUCCACAUUGUGAUCUUGUCCACGGUACAUAAAUUCAACAUGUAACUCCAUCAGUAGUUUCUGUAGUCCUGUUUGUGGUUCUUUUUUCCCUCGUAUUGCUUCUCCCCACUGUCUUAAGAUUUUAUGCAGCUUUGAAAAAGCACUGUCGAAAGACCAUUGCAGUGAGGAACUCCAUUUCUAACUUUGGACGGCUCACUAACUGUUACAGCCUUACUUGUGAUCAUUUUUUCUCUUUUUUUGUUUUUCUGUAUAUAUUUAUUUAUUUUUGCAUCAGAAAUAUCGUUUCGUAUAGAGAAUUACCAUUUGUAUUCUCCGCCUCUGCUCAGUCAUUAAUUGAAACCGUGAACGAAGGAAAUUCGUGAAAUUUACUAAGUAGGACCCUCUGUUUUCCACCAAUGCAGUGUUCAAGUGUAUUUGUGUCGUGUGGGUGUCCUCAUGAGUUGUACUGCCUACUGUUGCUCUGUUAUAUUUCUUUUUAUGGUUGGUUAUGGGAAUUAAAGCAAGGAAGAUGUUGAAAUCUGCUGCCAGAUCAUAGCCUACUCCUGUCAAAUUGCACGAAAAUAGCCACAAGUUUGAGGCCUUCCAGCGCAUGGACGUUUCACCGUCCAUAUGUUCAGAUGCCGUCACUCUACAAAGUAUGGUAUUGCCCAACACUUCAACACUUUGUUGCUCAAGAGCUGUACACGCGUCAAGUACCAUAGAUGAGAAUUUUACCUGUCACCAAGAUUAGAGCAACCUACCUUUGUGUCAGCGCCACAAAAACGCCGCAACAGUCAUAUCUGCUAGUCAGAGAGGGAUGCUCAACAUGUUUAAUCAUUUACCCAUGUGCGUAACAUCAAACUUGUGUUCCGUAAGGGAAGUGUUGCCAGUCUAUAACAUAGUAACACCAUUACACACAAGCAGCGGACAACAGUAGCUCAUACAGAAAAACGCAAUGUGUCUGGGAUAGUUUUCAGUUGGUUAAAGAGAUCAAGCCAAUCAUGACGUAAUGUAUUACAUUAAUCUGUAGCAGAAAACUCAUUAUUGCUACUA